UAGGCCCUACGGCACGGAAGGUUAGUGUUGUGGGCAAGACGGUUUGCGCAGGCGCGGCGCUGACAGCCGCUCUCUGCCUAAUCUGCAGUCUGUUUAACGAUGGCCUGGAAAUCAGGAGGAGCUAGCCAUGCUGAGCUCGUCAACAACCUCCGCAGAAAUGGGAUUAUUAAAUCGGAUAAGGUUUAUGAAGUCAUGCUGGCCACAGACCGUGCAUACUUUGCGAAAUGUAACCCAUACAUGGAUUCCCCUCAGUCAAUAGGUUACCAGGCAACUAUCAGUGCUCCACAUAUGCAUGCAUAUGCUUUGGAGCUUCUUCACGAUCAGUUAUAUGAAGGGGCUAAGGCACUGGAUGUUGGAUCUGGAAGUGGAAUCCUCUCCGUUUGCUUUGCACGGAUGGUUGGCCCUGAAGGAAAAGUCAUAGGAAUUGAUCAUAUCAAAGAACUGGUUGAUGAUUCAAUAAAUAAUGUUAAGAAAGAUGACCCCAGUUUGAUAACAUCAGGAAGGGUAACACUGAUUGUGGGUGAUGGCCGAAUGGGAAACACAGAGGAAGCUCCCUAUGAUGCGAUUCAUGUCGGUGCUGCAGCACCAACCGUGCCGCAAGCACUCCUAGACCAGUUGAAGCCUGGUGGCAGGUUGAUCCUCCCGGUGGGCCCAGCAGGUGGAAACCAGAUGCUAGAACAGUACGAUAAGCUGGAAGAUGGCAGCACCAAAAUGAAGCCUCUCAUGGGGGUGAUCUAUGUGCCUUUGACAGACAAAGACAAGCAGUGGUCCAGGGAUGAACUGUGAAGCACCAUCAGCAUGUCCUUGUCUUGCUUUAUAGGAUUAAGUCGGAGUGGAUUUCUUCAGAUCUAAACAACUAAAAAUGACAGCAUUGCAACUUGUUUUGGACUUUUUUUUUUUUUUUUGCAACCUGAAUUUUGUUUUUUCAGGUGCAGGCUUUUUUUUUGAGUUGUGGCUAAAAUAAUAAUAAUAAUAAUAAUUAUGUCUCAUUUAUCGAUUUCCAUUUAAGUUGAUUUGGACAAGCACAUAUUUCAUAACUGCUGUUUUGGUGCAGUGAAUGUGUAAAGCCUUUAUUAUAUAUUGCUAAUGUAUGACACUACAUGCAUAAUAAGAUUUCUGUAUGCAGUCAUCUCUAUUGCUCUGCUCAACGCUAGUAAGAAACUUUUACUGCAUUUCUUUCAAGCUUUUGUCACGGAGAGCAACACGCAACAUAAAACAGCUGAUAUUUUACUCUUUCUGUAACUGAUGUUUUGCUGUUUGGUUAAAAUGCAGUACCAGACAGUAAGAAUGUUGCUAUAGUUGACUGUAAUAAUAUCUCCUGUACAGAUUGGACAUAAUUUUAUUUAUACAGUGCAUUAUGGGUAAGUCACAGUUUUCUUUUUUUUUUUGCUGUAUUAAAUUGGCUGCCAACUAUGAUGUACAUUACUACAGUGUAACAUGCUGUGUUUCAGUUACUGGCAGUUUAAUGCUGUGCUGCUUUGCCAAAUAAAUUUGAAAGCAAAGCAAAUGGUGUAUGGCUAUUGCUUUUUAUUAUAGUUUUCAAGAAAUUUGAAUGCUUAAGCAGCCUCUGUGGAAGUAGAAGACUUUCUUAAUGUUACUUUCCGGUAUAAAGUGUAUGUAUAUAUAUUUUUUUUAUCGGUUCAUCUUUCGAAAAUAGAAUUUGCAGCAGAAUUGUGUUUAUGAUAAUCCACCAUUCUUAUUGCGAGGAGGUGAUAAUAAUUCUCUUCGGUAUGUACAGACAGGCCUUUGUCAUGCCUAAAGCAACCAUAAGGCAUGAGAAAAAACUUAUCCCUUAUGAGAUGUGUGAAGUAACUGCCAGAGUAGCAAGUAUUUCUCAUUUUGUAUUAGAACUGAAGUGUAAGAAUGUAAAACAUUUAUCAUUUUUUAUUUGGGCAGGUUUCUAGAAUAACGACAGAAUACAGUUUUUUUUCUAUAAAUGCAGCAGGAAAUCCCAGAACACGGAUACCUCAUUAUCUUUAAAGUCUGUACCAUCAUCUUUUUCUUGGCUUAAACAGGAAGUUGUGUAAAAGGGUGGUUAUUGCAAGUACAAAUUAAUCAACAGUAGCACAGUCUACCAUGUUUUGUCACAUGAACUACCAACUGUAUCUGAAAGCUCACUUGAAUUCAGGUUAUAUAU